AUGGUCACUGGGCUUUUACUGGGCUUGCCUGGGAGUUGCUGGGGGCACCCCCAGAAUUCCCAGACCCCAAAUUCGGGUCCCCAGGGCCUGGACCAGUGGGGCUUCGACGUGUUCGCGCUGCACCGCGCGGCCGAGGAGCACUCGCUGCGCACCGUGGUGCUGGAGCUGCUGACCCGCCACGGCCUCUGCAGCCGCUUCAAGAUCCCCGGCGCGUUCCUGGCCUCGCUGCUGGAGGCUCUGGAGAGCGGCUACGGAAAGUUCCGGAACCCGUACCACAACCAGGUGCACGCGGCCGACGUCACCCAGACCGUGCACAGCGUCCUGCUGCGCACCGGGCUGCUGCACUGUCUCUCUGAGAUCGAGCUCUUGGCCAUCGUUUUCGCCGCCGCCAUUCACGACUUCGAGCACACGGGGACAACGAACAGUUUCCACAUCCAGACCAAGUCGGACACCGCCAUCCUGUACAACGACCGCUCGGUGCUGGAGAAUCACCACAUCAGCGCCGUGUUCCGCCUGAUGCAGGACGAGGAGCUCAACAUCUUCGUCAACCUCACCAAGGACGAGUUCGCGGAGCUGCGGGCUCUUGUCAUCGACAUGGUCCUGGCCACCGACAUGUCGUGCCACUUCCAGCAGGUCAAGUCCAUGAAGACGGCGCUGCAGCAGCUGGAGAGGCUGGACAAGUCCAAGGUGCUGUCGCUGCUGCUGCACGCGGCCGACAUCAGCCACCCCACCAAGCAGUGGGCGGUGCACAGCCGCUGGACCAAGGCGCUGAUGGAGGAGUUCUUCCGGCAGGGGGACAAGGAGGCCGAGCUGGGGUUGCCCUUCUCGCCCCUCUGCGACCGCACCUCCACGCUGGUGGCCCAGUCGCAGAUCGGCUUCAUCGACUUCAUCGUGGAGCCGACGUUCUCGGUGCUCACCGACGUGGCCGAGAAGUUGGUGACGCCGCUGGCCGAGGACGGCUCCAAGGCCAAGGGCAACCCCGCGGCCCCCCAGCAGCCCAGCUCGCAGUGGCGGCAGCCGUCCCUGGACGAGCAGCUGGAGCUGGGCGACAUCAAGGCCGACCUGGCCGGGUUCCGCUCCACGUGGACCAAGCACAUCCAGGAGAACAAGCAGAAGUGGAAGGAGAGGGCGGCCAGCGGCAUCACCAACCAGGCGUCCAUCGAUGAAUUGUCACCGUGCGAGGAGCCCGCGACCCCCGGAGCGCACAGGGAGAACGGGGACGUGGAAUAGCGGCGGGAGGAGCGAGGUCCUUGUCCGGCAGUGACACCGUCUCGUCCAAAGUCUUCGAUGCCAUCGAGUUCAGCUCCAUCCGCAGGGCAGGAG